AUGCACGUGAAGACUCUGCUCAGUCUGGCUGUGCCUGCUCUCGCCUUCUUGGGCGGAGUAGCAGGUGUACCUUCCAGGAAGUACUCCUCCUAUGAUUAUGACUUGGAACUCAAAGGAACCAACUUUGCUCCCGACCUUGCAGAUCUCAAGGCUCGUCACAGUGCAAAACCCGCCUUGAGGAUUAUGCCUUUGGGCGCAUCCAUUGUCAGUGGGGUUGGGUCAAGCACUGGUAAUGGCUUUCGAAAGCCUCUGAGGGACCAAUUGAGAUACAAAGGCUGGCUUGUCGAUAUGGUUGGUAGCAAACAGAAUAGAAACAUAACGGACAGAGAUUUUCGAAGCUACCCCUGGGUACACUAUCGACCAAGUCCGAAAAGCAGCGAGCAACUCAUAUGGACAUAA